UCACCUCUCUCUUAUUUUCUUCUAUUCUGAAGCAUUAUUUGCCGGCCUACAGUUACCGACAUGACUUGCGCCUCUGUACCGGUGGAAACUUAGUUGCUGAAUGACUGAAGUGAAUUUUGUCAUCUCCCGGACGCCGUUUGGCCACACCAUCAUCAUCUCUGACAUCCCUGACCGUGACAGGAGGUCUAACUGUACCAGCACAGCCAUGAAGGGACUUUGGGGCGGAGCGGCUGCGUUAGGGUCGGCGUCCGUGGCGUUUGGCUCGAUGCUGUGGUCACAGCAGAAGACUAAACCGGAAAAGGCUGCUACGGGUUCCAACCUUGCUGACACGAGCGCUGAUUCCCCUUACGAGCUAAAGCUGGUCCAGAUCUUGUUCCGGCACGGCGCCCGAACGCCCCUAAAGUCAAUACCUGAUGUUAUGGAGGCCCAGUGGGUGCCAACGCUCUUGGAGCCACCACCGCACACCAGCAUCGACUAUGUAGUGACAGAUCUUCAGGGUGGCCCCAGGCCCCCGGCUCCUAUAGAAGACAGCUAUCGGAAAAACAUACUUAGUGGUGGCACAUUCCCUGGUCAGCUGACCACACUGGGCAUGCAGCAGCUGUAUGAGUUGGGCAAAAGACUAAGGGGGAGAUACAUUGAAGAAAGCGAUUUCCUUACCUCCACAUUUAACCCAGCUGAGGUCUACGUGCGCUCCACUAAUAUUGUGAGGACCAUUGAGUCUGCCAAGUGCCUGGUCGCAGGGCUCUUCCAGCAAAAACAAAAAGCAAUUGUGCCUAUUUUAACAUCGGAGGCCGAAUCUGAAAUCCUGUAUCCUAACUAUCACGGAUGCAAGAUGCUUAAAAUCCUUUGCGGCCACCGCUGGGCAGAGUCGACCACUCUGCCAGACAUCGCGGCAGACCUGCAGAGCAUCCAGAGCGAGCUGGGGAUUGCUGCUCACCAGAAAGUUGACUUCAUCCUCAUUAGGGAUGACAUGGUUGCCAGAGAGACACACGGCCUGCCCUGCCCUCAAGUGCUCGACACCUGGAGGGAUAAAGUGGAGCAAAGAGCCGUGGAUAUGAUGUGCCAUAUCUUCGAGCCCAGCAAGAGAGAGAGCUUGCAGCUGUCUGUGGGACCUCUCCUGCACAUGUUGGUGGACAACAUCGAGGAGAAACUACAGGGCACCUCAUCAGAGCCAAGCAGGAAGGCGUUUUUGUACUCCGCACAUGACACCACUCUGAUUCCUUGUCUCUUGGCUUUGGGGAUUUUUGACAUGAGAUGGCCACCGUAUGCCGCUGAUCUCACUGUGGAGCUGCACCAGAACCGGAAAACUAAUGAGGCCUUUGUUAAAGUGUCAUAUGUAGGCGAGGAUCAACUCAUUGGGGGUUGUAGUGCAGUCUACUGCCCCUUGGAGGAGUUCAAACGGGUCCUCUCCACGUACUCGCUGAGCCCUGAAGACUACCACUCGCACUGCAACAGAACCGUAGGCCCGACUGAACCUUGAGCAAGCCUUCGCAUCGGCACACCGCUGACAGCCAGCACGCAUCAUGCCUUUUUAACAUCCUCAGUCCUCUCUCCAUCCAGCCGGCAUCAGUCAUUAUCAUCUCACUGUCAGAGCACGCUGGAGUACAGCCACUUUUGUAGAGCUUUCGGGUUACACCGCUUGCUUUCAGGAGUCAACAUCAUCUUGUUACCAUGGCAAUCACAUUAAAGGUGCUAUAAAUGACAUUUUGAAGCACUGAAUGGUGCACUAGAGCACUGGCAUCUUAAGACCAAAGCAAUCACCCCCCCACCCCCUUUCUCUCUGCAAUUCAUUUACAAACAGAAAGGUUGUGCACACGUGAGCCAACAAAAAGCAUCCAGCCCCGACCAUCACUCUAUGCAAACACAGUAAAAGCCAUUAAAUGGCUGUGAUAUGCUGCAUGCCCACCCACCAUCAGCGGCACUUUUCCCAUAUUUUUUGUCCUGCAUUCAGAUUGGAUGUGUGUUUUAAAAAAACAUACACACACACACACACACAGAUUUCGUUGACAUCUUAGAUGGACUAACAAUUGAUGGGGUGCUUUUAUUGCGCUUGGUAAUGUCAUAAACUGUAGUAACAUUACCUUGACUUCCCCUGCCUCUUCUGUUUGUGCUCUUUGUGGGGGUGGGGCACCAUGUGAAUACUCUGAACUGCAUUCUGUCUCUUUAUAAAUGCAGGGAGGACAAACAUUUUCAAAGGGAGGGACUCGUACACUAACGCACAUGUGGCUACAACAACAAAGAACAAAGACACUCAUUUUACAACACGCAGGAGGCUUGCAGCUUCGUCCUCUGCUAAGAUCAUCAUCACUCCACUACAUCUGUAUGAAUAGCUUUUUGCUGCUAUAUGAAAAACCCGAUAUAUAGAACCUUUAAAAUUAAGUUAAACGAUUAGUUCAAUAACAGCUGAGUGCAAAGUGGAAGAGUGUGAUAGAUGCUUUAUAUUUGAAUGCAAGUUAAGCUUACUGAUUAAGGCUGAAGUUAUUUUAUACUUUCUAAUUGUUAACCCCACAAUUAGCUUCAUUUUUAAGAAUCAACUGGUAACUCACCUGAACAGGAGGAAAGUUUACAUUUGUUUGGGAUUCUUUAUGGUUGCAAGCAUUUGCUGCACUGGGAAAAUAUAAAGCAUAUGUGAAUGCUGCAAAGAAAAUCAUGUUUUUUGCAACUAGGGGACAUCUCAGUCAGUAAAAUGUGGUUUGUGUUUUUAAUUAACUUAGAAAUGAGGCCUUUAUGGCACAUUGGAAUGUAUUACAUCAGGCUUUAGUCUAGCAUUGAUAUUUAUUCAUAGGAUAAAUUUGUUGUUUUUCCUCUUUUUGGGGUGGUGUUUGUUAACAUCUCCAACAGCAUUCUCAACCUUUCCUUUACACUUUUAAACAACUACUGCAGUUAUACAUCACACUGAUAUAUGGACAGGUUUGUAUUAUGUGGCCUGUGUUUGAUUGCUGAUUAAAUUAUUCCAUCAAAUCAGUUGCGCUCCCAACUGUAUUCAUCAUAUUCAUUUCAAUCAUUCUUCAGGGAAGUAUAGUUUAAUGUACUGGAUCAAGUGUUUAGAAAGGUGUGUAGAGUAGAGACUGUGUUAGAACACUUAUUCUGCUACAUGUUUUGAAUGCAACAUUUUGCCUCCUUGUGAGACCACAGUGCAAUGCAUGCUUGAAUCACACGGACCCAAGCGUUGCGCUGUUCCAGAAACACACGUUGUACCUCAUCUGUGGGAGGUUCCCAUGACCUGCCACUCAAAAUGUAAAGAUUUAUUUUGGUUUGGUGUGACAUGAAUACAGAUUUUAAUCAA